AUGGCGCCGCACCUUAGCAACGACGAGUUCUUCGCUUCAUUAUCAAACCUCCUCACAAGUACCUCCCAAAAGACCCAAGGAAGCGUCUACCUCACCCAAAAACGGCUCACCACCACCGCCUCAUCCUCCACCGACCCAUCAAUAACUGAAGGCUCAAUCCUCGUGCGCGCAACAGACGGAAAGACACAGAACCCGAAGCCCACAAAAGUCGCCGAAGGUACUACGGCUUCCAAAGUGACAAAAAGUAAAAAGGCGGCCAAAUUGAAGUUGUCGACCAUCGUGAGUCCGGCGGAUUUGGAGGCGUUCUUUAUCAGGUAUGCGGAUAUUUGCAAAGCGGGGAUGGCGGGACUGAAGAAGAGGGACCGUAGUGCAAAGAAGAAAGGGAAGGCGAAAGCGAAGUCUGGGAAGGCUUGA